UGUGCCCCAAAAUCUACCUAAAUUCGUUUAUGUCUGUGCAAAUCAUUUCACUCCAGACUGUUUUGUAAACAAGUGGCAAUUCAAGGCAAGCUUUGCUAAAAAGUUUGUACUCAAGGAUGGAUCUGUACCAACUUUUCGUGAUCCUCCAAAAGAAUGUUUGCUGUCCGGAUCAUUCCUGGCUGAGUGUCUUUACACCAAAACAGAGAGUCAUGUUCAUGUAUACCUGCAGUGGUCCGUGGCUGUGACCUGUCAUCAGUGAUAAACCACUGAUCCUGCAGAAAGGUUUAAGGCACUUGUCCUCCAUAAUAGAAGACAUGAGAAGACUUCAAACAAUUUCUGUGAUUUUGAGUUCCCCUUUGCUGCUCCUUCCCCCCCAAUCACCGGCUUGUUCCCACUAGGCUCCAUCUGCUCGUGGAGGGGGCCGCAGCAGCUGCAAAGCCUGAAUCUUGCGCUCCUCUGUGCUUGCCUGCCUGCCACUGCACACGAGCACCAGCUGUAAACUAGCCUACGCAGCCUAUAGCACUGCUGCUAAAAAUCACAGAGAGAUUAGGCAGGUGAUUAGUUAGUGAUAGCACAGAAUGGAUGGGAUUUUAGGUAAUACUGGUUAACAGUAUAGAAAAUGGGCAUGUUUGAGAGUACUUUAUGUCUGAAAAGCUUACUCAAAUAAUUAAUACCAACUCAUAAGGUUAUAGGGUUAGGCUCAGUACAUCAUAAUAUCCUCUGGCCUCUGUAUUAUAGUUGUUUUUGUUGAUGGUUUUUCCAGACAAAUUUUAGGAUUUUUUUUUAUCUUUUUUGUCACUGUGGCACAAGAACAACAUAUGGUGUAAAAAUUUCAUAUCAUCAUAAUAGCAUCUUUGUUUUCACUCAUUUAAAGUAUAUACGCACAAUGUCAUUUACUUGGUUGUGUUUUCAGUUUUCAAGUGUAAUGAACUUGGCAGCACUUUGUUUCAAUUUAAGUUAGUUUGAAAUGAAAGCAAAUGCCCUUUUGAAUCAAAUAAAUGACUACUAAUAUUGCUAACUGGAAGGAAUAUAUUGAUCGGGACGUAAUAUUUGUAAAUAGGUGGCAAGCUUCAGAGCAGUCGGGUUGAUAACAAAAGUUAAAGUUAAAUACUAUUGUCAUAUUAAGAAAGAAAGAGCUGUGAAAUGUUUUCAUACUUUUAAUAAACUUUUGAAAUUAGAUCCUAUUAUCUUUUAGAACUAGAAUCUUUGCUUGGAUCAUAAAAUUUGCCUUUUUCAUAAACCUAUAACCCUAUCAAUACAAAUCAGAGAAUUUAGGCAGUUACUUAUAGGGAUAAGUAGAUGGGAUUUUAUGUAAUACUGAUUAAACAAUUUAUUAUUCAUAAACAGUUUAUGUCUGGGAAAUGACAGAUGUUCACUUGAUCAUUUGUAUUCUUUUAUAAUAUUUCAGUACUUGAUAUUUGCUUCUGGUGUUAUUUUAUACUUAUUUGGGAUAUGUUUUCUAUUUUGUACAUUUAUGGCACAAGAACAAAAUAUAUCUAAAGCAAAUGCACAUAUCAUUUGAAUAAAAUAAAUGGCUUCUGAUAUUGCUGGGAUGGGAUGCUGGGAUAGAGUAGAGGUGCUGAAUACGACCAAGAGAAACGAGGAACAGACCAAGUUUGAGGUGUCACUGUUAUUUCAUAUUGACUUAAUGCCAUACUGUUCGAGAAAGAAGGAAUGAAAGACUUUAAAAUGUUUUCAUUCUUUCAAAUAAACACAAAAUAUAUCUAAAAUACAUGUCUGAUUCAGUUUAGUUUAUGAAAUGUGUAUUUUUUUCAAACCUGAAUAUUCUUAUACCUCAGAAACAUGGCGGUCGCCGUGAACGUGGAAAAAAAUGAGACUGAGAGACGAAUAACAGCAUCAAUAAAUCAUUCUCGUCCAAUGUUGUUCCCGGGAGAUUUCUGAUGGAUGAAAUUAAGCACUUCCAUCUCCAUCUCCCACCUGAUCGCGCGCGUAUAAAUCCCAGCAGCUGAUCAGCAGAGCUCAGACAUCAAACCGACACCGCGCGAGCAGAGACAGCAGCGGACACCUCUCUCUCUCUCUCUCCCCGCUUUAACAGCAGCAGCAACAACAACAACAACAGCUUCUCCGGAAACGUGCUCGCAUUUAAAGCUGCCCAUUUUUGGAGCGCUUCCAUUUGGGUCUGAGCGCACUCUGACACUCGGGCUCAGGGAGGCGGAUCUGCUGCUGCUGCUGCUGCUGUUGCUGUCGCGCGCGCUGUCCAGUGCUGAAGUUGCAUUUCGCCUGUGCGGAACGGCUCGUACACUGCUGAAGCAACGGAGCUUCCGCGUCUUUCCACCCGCUCAGGUGUUUGACUUUCAGCCCUGCAGGACCAACUCUUCUAUUGUGCGGUGGAUAAAGAGAGGAUAACGUGCUGGAAGAGGCUUUCAGCUCUGCGCUCUAAACAUGCCAAGGUCUUUUUUGGUGAAAAAGGUGAAGCUAGAUGAUUUCUCAUCCACGGAACUUGAGAGCGCGUACGGCAGGUCCAGGACCGAUCUUAGCUUUCGGAUACACGACAAAGGCUACAUCAGUGACUACAUCACCCCGGCCGUUUACGAUGGAGAAAGUGACGGUGGCACUAAAGUACCUUCUCCGGGACCGAUUUAUGACAGCAACCACAGUGACUACGGGGCGCCUGACUCGGACCAGCCAGACAGCCCGCAGUCGGAGAUCACGUCCGGGUACAUCAACGGCGACAACGCGGUGAGCGAAGGUUAUGCCGUGGACGCGUUCUUCAUCACGGACGGCAGGUCCCGUCGGAAAGUGAUCAGCAGCUCACGGACCCUCCAGAGGCACACGUGCAACGAAUGUGGCAAAACCUACGCGACGUCUUCCAACCUGAGCAGGCACAAACAGACGCACCGGAGCCUAGACAGCAAGAUGGCCAAAAAGUGCCCGACAUGUGGGAAAGUGUACGUGUCCAUGCCAGCCAUGGCCAUGCACCUGCUUACCCAUGACCUCAAGCACAAGUGUGACAUAUGUGGGAAGGCGUUCAGCAGACCUUGGCUACUGCAGGGCCACAUGCGCUCUCACACGGGCGAGAAGCCCUUUGGAUGUGCACACUGUGGAAAAGCGUUCGCCGACCGCUCCAACCUGCGGGCGCACAUGCAGACCCACUCCGCGUUUAAGCAUUUCAAAUGCAAGCGAUGCAACAAAACUUUCGCGCUCAAGUCCUACCUGAACAAGCACUACGAGUCGGCAUGCUUUAAAGGUGCGUUCUCACCGCUCGCGUCCGUCGAGGCGUGACUUCCGGUCUGCAAUCGCUCACUCCCCCGUCACGUGUUAGGAUGAUUACGCUAUCUUUACCCAGUUAUGUGUCACAAUCAAAAAGAAACCCAAUAAUAGCACAAUUUUAUCUAUUUUUUUUUUUUUCCUUUUGCAAAGCUGACCUUAAAGGAAUAUGGAACCUUCGCAUGCACUUCAGCAACCAUGUCCUCGAAUGACAUUCAGACAGUUCACCUCGACGCUGCGCAACACUUGACUAUGACUGGCGUCCAAUGAAGGUUUGAGUGACACCAUGUUCCUCAUUAAAAUAAAACUCUUUUGUAUUGUCAGUGGAUAUUAUCAUACUGCUGCAAGUGGCCCAAACGUAUUCACAAUCGAGGUAAACCGGUAUUUAUUUAUUUAAUUUUUUAAAUAUUUAUUAUUUGUUUGUUUUAAUUACUUCAUCUAGGAUGUAUGAUUCUCUAUGAUGCACUGAAAAGUGUGUGUGUUUUGUUUUUUUUGUUUUUUUUAAUUAUUCAUUUUGCAUUUUUUCUUUCUCAAUAACGUUGCCUUUUGGGUUAUUCCAGUCUUAUUAACAUGCCAAAGCAUUUAGAUCCAUGGUAAUAAUUGAAAAAUGUUUUUUGUUUAAUUCUUUUUUUAUUAUUUUUCUUUUGUAUACCUACUUAAUGCAUGCAAAAAGAAAAGAAAAGAAAUCUAUGCCAAUACCACAAAGCUUAUAAUUUUGCCAAAAUGUAGAGAUAGUAUCAGGGGGCAAUAUUUCUAGGGGUUCUCUUAAGAAUAUAAAAAGCAAUAAUCAUAAUGCAUGGUAUUUUUUGAAAGUAAUAAAGUAUUACCUAUAGCAGUUUUUUCUAAAUCAGGUACAUUUUGAUCCAAUACUCUUAAUAAACAUUUAAAAAUACCACAUCAGGGAAAAUGCCAAUGUAGAGUUUAGUGAGACUAAAUCCAUAAGUCCAUCUUCCUUUGCUCUCUGCUUAUGCACUGCCUGCCUCGAAUUUAAACGUAGAUUUAGGAUGUAGGCCCAAAGUGCUGUAACUCCACUCUAAGCAAUUCAGAACCAUUCUUUAGAAGUGUGGAACAUGUAAUGGUUUUUCUGAGGUUAACUCAAAGGGACACGCAAGGACAAGCAAAGGACUGGAGUGAGAGGAAGGUGUACCAUCUGCAUAGCCGUUCUGUAAUGCACUCGCACUACAUUUCCAGCUCAGCUCAGAUCAGUGUCCCUGAGUUCGAAAGCACUUCAUUGUAGAAAUCCUUAAAAAGUAGCACAAAAACCCUAGAUUCAGGUAGAUGUUACCUAGCUCAAUCUUCCUUUUUUAUAUCUUGAAAGAGGAAUAACAGCUCAGUUUGUGAGAUGAUCUUCAUGUAGAUACUCAUUUGAAGAGGAAAAACCUUUUUACUGUAGAUGAGUCCACUAAACCUGUUCAAGAAACAAACGAAAAAUGUCCUGCGACUUUUUGAGCCAAUGUUCAAAUGAUGUAAGCACAAGACACAAGGCAUUUUAAGCACUUCAUAAUAAAGGCAAAGUAAAC